AUGGAUGAGCAAAUCCCCCCAGCUCUCUCCGUCGAGGAGAAUGUUACGAUUCCUGAAAAACCUACCCAUGAACUCGACGAUGGCUCAUUGUCGCCGCGGGCUAACAAAAGGCGCCGCACCGACUCCGGUCCGGACGAGUUGCUCGAAGUGAAGGAAGAAAGCGACAUUGUGCCAGAAGAUCCAGUUGAGGAAGACCUAGCUGCGACAAUCAACGCCGAUCUUGAAACCCAAGAAAUUAGCAAUGGCAGCCACGAGUCGACAACGGAGGCGCCCGACCCAGAAGUAGCCGCAGUUCUUGGUAGUAUCAUUGACCGGGCCGAGCGCUUAGAAGAACAAUUCGCAUUAGACCAAUUGCCUGCAGAGAACUUGGAGCAGCCUGCAAGCCAGGGAGUCACAUUUAUCAAAGCUAGCCUCUCUUUGAAGAUCCAAAGUCUUCCCAUUCUGGAUAAUCUCUCUACCCAAAUUCUAUCUCUUCUCGCCAAGUCUUCGUAUCAAGACAUCACUUCAUUUGUAUCUGAGCCUGAUUCAGAAAAUGGACAGGCUUAUGCCACCAUGCGCUCAUUAUUCGACCACACAAAACGAGUCUACUCCACCAAACAAGCAUUUUUGUCGCCAACCGAACUCGAUCUAGCGGAGCCUUCGCAAGUUGACAUUAUACGUAAAGCCAAUCUCGCCUCUUUUGUUUCGAGUAUCUUUGGGUCGCAGGAAAUCAGCUUCGCCGAGCUCAAUGACCACUUCCUCGAUGUCUUCGUACCCGAAGGUAACCGUCUCCUCAAAGUGCAAGGCGCGCUUUUUCUUGAACUCAAGACACAAGCAUUUAUUGCUUCAUUGAACAACGAGGAGCGUACUCGAACGGAUAUUCUCUAUGAACUAUUCCCAGAAGAUCUAGAGCAACGGUUGCUUUCAAAGCGUAUGGGAACACGUCAGCUUGCCCCGAGUGAGGCGGAUUUCGUCAAACGUGCUCGUUCCAGGCGAGACAUCAUUCUUACAGAUAUCAACAAUGAAGAAGCAAUGAAAGCUUUGCCUGACAAGUAUCAUUGGGAGGAUUUUUUGAGGGAUCUCAGCUCUUAUGUGAGCAAGAAUUUUGAUGCCAUCAACAGCCAGCAGUCUCGAAAGGUCAAAGGUCGUCAGUCCAUAUCCGGGGAGGCCCCAGAAACGCUAGGAGCUCCCCUGGAAAGCCAGUUUGCCGUUGCCACACAACCUCCUGAAGUCACCGUGGACCGUAACCUUCACGGUGAUCUUGUAGCCCGCGCGGCUCGGGCAGCGCAGAUUGCAUUGCAGGGUCAUGGACUGAGGAAAUCCCAGCAAUCGCAGCAGCAAUCUCAACAACAGCAGCCACAACAGGCACAGCAACAACAGACUCAACAAACACCUCAGUCGACACCCCAACACAUACCUCCGUCAACGCAGGGCACGCCUGCCCCUCAGUUUAGCCAGUCAACUCAACAAAACAUGAGCCAAACAUUCCAACAAAGCCCUACGCCGCCAGGAUACCCACAACAGUUGACAUUUCAGCAUAGCACGAUCCCUCCUCAAAAUUUCCAACAAUACACCCCCCCGCAAAAUGGUCAAAGUGCUAUGCGACAAAAUGAUGCUGUCGCCAACUACGGUUAUAUGCCGGGUGUGCCACAUUACUCCCAAUCACAACCUACUCAGGUCCUGUACGAGCGGGCCAGAAUGGCGGCAACAGCCAAGUCCUCGGCGAGUAGUCGUAGAGCUGGUCUGCCAAGUCAACGCCGGCCUUGGACGACAGAAGAGGAAAAUGCAUUGAUGGCUGGCUUAGACCGAGUCAAGGGUCCUCAUUGGAGUCAGAUUCUAGCCAUGUUUGGCCCCGGAGGAACGAUUAACGAGGCCUUGAAGGACCGCAAUCAAGUCCAGCUCAAAGACAAAGCUCGAAAUUUGAAACUGUUUUUCCUCAAGAGCGGCAUUGAAGUGCCAUACUACCUCAAAUUCGUCACAGGUGAACUCAAAACGCGAGCGCCUGCACAGGCUGCAAAGAACGAGGCGCGAGAGCGCGAGAAGAAGCGCGGCGAGGAAGACAAGGCCCAUGUUGAGGGUAUCGAGGGUAUGAUGGCUCUCGCUGGCGCCCACAUGUCCCCCAGUCAUGGACCAGAUAGUAUGUCGGCGUCACCGGGAAUCCACCAGGACCCUGAACACCAAGCCAUGCUGGACCAGACCGAAGAGCAGAAGCUAAUUCAAAGCCUGGGUCAAGAGGUUAAUGAUGACCUACUCCAUCAGCCUCAGCACCAUGAGCCCAUGAAUCCGGACAUGCAUACUCCUGCUCCCGCGCAAUGA